GGGCUUCUUAGGUCGCCGGAGAAAGGAGAGGGCUUUUUCUCAGUCGGAAAUCGAAAUUCAGUGAAGAAGCGACACCGGAGUUUGACGGCGAUGGAUAGAGAGUGGGGGUCCAAGCCGGGAAGUGGAGGAGCGGCCUCUGCACAGAAUGAAGCUAUCGAUCGGAGAGAGCGUCUUCGACGGCUUGCUCUCGAGACCAUCGAUCUCGCCAAGGAUCCCUACUUUAUGCGCAAUCAUCUUGGAAGUUAUGAGUGUAAGCUUUGCUUGACUCUGCACAAUAAUGAGGGAAAUUACUUGGCGCACACGCAGGGGAAGCGCCAUCAGACUAAUUUGGCGAAGAGAGCAGCCCGUGAAGCCAAGGAGGCUCCUGCUCAACCUCAACCCCACAAGCGGAAGGUCUCUGUUCGCAAAACAGUUAAAAUUGGGAGGCCUGGUUAUCGAGUAACGAAGCAAUUUGAUUCCGAGACAAAGCAGAGAUCUCUGCUUUUCCAAAUUGAAUACCCAGAAAUUGAAGACCUAGCAAAGCCAAGACACCGGUUUAUGUCCUCUUAUGAGCAGCGGGUGCAACCGUUCGAUAAAAGAUACCAAUAUCUUCUGUUUGCAGCUGAACCCUAUGAGAUAAUUGCAUUCAAGGUUCCAAGCACAGAGAUUGACAAAUCCACACCAAAAUUCUUCUCUCACUGGGAUCCAGACUCGAAAAUGUUCACGUUGCAGUUGUAUUUUAAAUCCAAACCACUAGAGGCAAACAAGCCACAAACUGUGCCUGCAGCCAAUGGAACGGUGCCAUUGCCGCCACCACCACAAGCUCCACCACCGCCCCCACCUCCACCACAGCAAGGGGCACCACCAAGAGUUCCUCCUCCUCCGAUGCCUGGAUCCUUGCCGCCUCCCCCUCCUGUAAUGGCAAAUGGUCCUCCUAGGCCAAUGCCUCCUGGUGGAGCUCCGCCCAUCCCUCCACCGCCUCCAGUUGGUAAUAACACAAUGGCGAAUUUCACUCCUGGUACUCAGAUGAAUAGACUUCCCAUGCCACCUCCCCCACAGGGCUUCCCAGGCCAGGGUGUCCGUCAGCCACCCCCUCCGCCACCCAAUAUGGGAUAGGCCACAGAAUAUCAGUUAAGUAGAAUGGUUUGAGAAGAUAAUUUGGUACUGGACGAUCGACGUUCCGUGGACUUUAAUCGUUGGCCUCACUAGUGAAAGUUUGAAGCACUUUUCCGUUGUAUCCUCAUAUUUCGGCAUGUAGAAUCUUAAGAUACCUUGAUUGUUGUAUCCUUUCAGGCAAAGUAAAAGAAUUUUGUUAAUUCUA